UAAAUCCCAACAAACCAAUACGACCAUCGAUUCCAUCUUUUCUCUCUUUCCGUGAAUGAGCGCAUCUUUCUCGAGGUAGAUACUAUUGUGGCAACGACGAAUAAAGGGAAUCUCGUAGAAGUAGACUGUUUUCUUAAGUACAACAACCCGCCUUUCAUGUUCGGAAACACCGUCAAUGAGAGCAUAUUCGUAGAAGAGUUCAUUAGGAAACUCAGCCAGCUCUGGAUGAGUUAUCUCUUCAAAAGCGAACAAAAAAGAAACGGCUACGUUGAAUAACUGUGUCAUCUUGAUGUGGGCUAAUUGCGGAUCCUUUGAGUAGUUCAUGAAUUUACCGAUGCGAUCGUCAAUCCACUCCCUGUCUUCACGAGAAAUGUCAAAAAUUUUCAAAGGCAACAGUCCUUCUUGUGGAUGGGAAGGGAUAAAUUCCCGAACCAAAUUACACAGAGCAAGCUGAUCAUCCACCGAUACUGGUGA